AUGGCUUUGCGUACAUAUGGUGACAAACCUAUAAGUUUUCAAGUGGAAGAAAAUGGAGAAUAUUAUUGCAUUGGAUCUGAAGUGGGCAAUUAUUUGCGCCUAUUUCGUGGAUCAUUAUAUAAACGUUAUCCUGGAAUGUUCAGGAGAUCCAUUACAAAUGAUGAACGUAAAAAGCUAGUGGAACUUGGAUUAAGUCAACAUGUGCUUGCAUCGAGUGUAUCCCUCCUAAGAGCUAGUGAAGUUGAAGAUAUUAUUGAAGGCAAUGAUGAUAAAUACAAAGCUGUGUCAGUACAUUCAACAGAACCUCCAGCUCCUAGAGAAGGAAAAUCAAAGAAAUCAAUGCCAUGGGUGCCUAGUUUACCAAAUAGCUCACACCUAGAUGCUGUGCCUCAAGCUACACCAAUUAAUCGUAAUAGAGUACACAAUAAGAAAGUUAGAACUUUUCCUUUAUGUUUUGAUGAUACAGACCCAUCAGCAAACUUGGAAAAUGCAGCACAACAAGAAAUGCUAGUACCAAUUCGUUUAGAUAUGGAAAUUGAAGGUCAAAAGUUAAGAGAUACUUUUACAUGGAAUAAAAAUGAGAGUCUCAUAACACCAGAACAAUUUGCAGAAGUAUUGUGUGAUGAUUUAGAUUUAAAUCCUCUCACCUUUGUGCCAGCUAUUGCACAAGCUAUAAGACAACAAAUAGAAGCUUUUCCUCAGGAAACAAUUCUUGAAGACCAGUGUGAUCAACGAGUUAUAAUUAAGUUAAACAUACAUGUGGGCAAUACGUCAUUAGUAGACCAAGUCGAAUGGGACAUGUCUGAAAAAGAAAACAAUCCUGAAAAAUUUGCAAUGAAACUUUGUGCAGAAUUGGGUCUUGGUGGAGAAUUUGUUACUGCAAUUGCAUAUAGUGUUCGUGGACAGUUGUCAUGGCACCAAAGAACAUAUGCAUUCUCCGAAGCUCCAUUACCUACAGUGGAAGUACCUUUCAGGCCACCUUCAGAAGCUGAUCAAUGGGCACCAUUCUUAGAGACAUUAACAGAUGCAGAAAUGGAAAAGAAAAUACGUGACCAAGAUCGAAAUACAAGACGUAUGAGACGUUUAGCAAAUACUACACCUGGGUGGUAAUGUGUGUAAAUUACAACGUAAUGAUUUAUAACAGAAUAUGGCAAGCCAUACUUUACUGAGUAAUUUCACUCAGGAUUUUCAUUCUCUUUAUCUGGUUUUAGACUUUUUUAAAUCAUACAUAUAAUAAUAUAAUUUUUAUGUUAAGAUUUAGACACAAAAUAAACCGCAUUCUAAUAAAUAUUUAGAUAUU